AUGUGGCAAUUGGUGUUCACAAUUUUGCCAUCAGUAGAGUUGCCUGAUGCUCCAGUGGUCGAAGGGGUAGAGGUUGUCGAAUUACCAGAUGUACCAGUAGUAGUGGCUCCGUUGGUGGUAAAGUUUCCUGAACUACCUGUGGACGUGGAAGAGUUCCCAGUUGACCAGUUUCCACUUGUUGAAGUCCAUCCGGUAGUCCAGUUUCCACUACCAGUUGAGGUACCGCUGGUGGUCGAAUCCCAUCCUGAAGAGGUCUCGUUGCCAGUGGAUCCAGAUGUCGAGGUCCAGUUACCAGUAGUGGUUGAAUCACCUGAUGAACUGUUCCAGUUUCCUGUGGUUGAGGUCCAACCAGAAGUCCAGUUUCCACUUGUGGUCGAGUCCCAUCCGGAUGUGGUAUCAUUACCAGAGGUUGUGGUAUUCCAGUUUCCAGUAGUUCCGGUAGAGGUCCAAUUUCCAGACGUAGUUGAGUGUCCAGAAGUUGAGGUAAUAUUACCAGUUGAGGAAUGGCCUGUGGUAGUUGCAUUACCAGUGGUGGUAGAAUUAUUGGAACUAUUGGUAGUGAUGGUUUUCAAUGCCAUGGUGGCAGAGGACAACACAAUCACUAAAGCCAAGAUUUGGAAAAUAUAUCUUUGA